AUGCGCUUCGCCUCGGCCGCCUCGCGCGUCCUCGCCGCCGUCACCGCCGGGCGCCUCUGCGCCGCGGCGCUCGACGUCGCCGGGGCCAUGGAGCGCGCCAAGCCGUCGACCAAGCAGUGCUCGGGCACCCAGGACGGCGGCGGCGACGAGUGCCGCACCGCCGCCCAGGCCGCGCCGCACAUUGUCGACUCGUUCCGCGCGCACAACAUCAGCUGCGUCCAGGAGGCCGCCUGCCUCGUCUCCCUCAUGCUGCUCGAGUCGGCCGGCCUGCAGUUCAAGCACAACGUCAGCCCCAGCCCCGGCGUGCUCGGCCAGGGCACCGCCAACAUGCAGUCGCCCAAGUUCAAUCUGCUCUACGCAAAGGACGUCGUCGCCAAGCUCCCCGACGACCUGGCCAAUGCCACCGACGCCGACGGCCUCGGCAAAUCCCAGAAGGCGGCCAUGAUGGCCCUCGUCACCCAGGACAACCUCAACUUUGCCAGCGCCGCCUGGUUCCACAAGACGCAGUGCGCCGACCAGGCCGUCAAGGCCAAGCUGCGCGACGGCGGCCUCGAUGGCUGCGGCGAUUAUCUCCAGACCUGCGUCGGCACCAAAAAGGACGACCCCUCCCGCGUCGCGCUGAACGAGCAGGUCUACAAGGAGAUGGGCGUCGACUCGGCCCAGCAGUGCGUCCCGCUGUGGGAGUGCUAG